UGGCGUCACUUCCGCCAGCGCCCGGCGGCGCGCCGGGAGUCUGGGUCUCGCGAACGCGCCAGGAGCGUCCCUACAGCCGGGAACGCGCCUCGCGGAUGACAACAAAUUCGUCGCGCGGCGGCAGUGGAGGUGUCUGCCUCAGUCCCUGCCGCCUCCUCUCGCGCUCUCUUGCACUCUCUCCGAGCCGGCUGGGACCCUCCUUGGAAGUCCCCUGGCCUGGGGCCCGGAGGAGCCUUCUGCGUCUUGCCUCCGCCAGGCCCAGCGCGAGCGGCGCGGCGCCGGCGAUGGGGUCUCCCUGAGGGACUCCCGGCGCCAAAUAGGGAUGGAGGGGCCGCCCCAGGCUUAGGCCCCGCCGCGGCCUGGAGCCAGAGUCGCUACCCCGAGGCCGGAGCCGCCGCCACCCGCAGCCUCACUCAGCCCAGCUGCCAGCAGUCACCAUGCCUUGGCCGUUUUCGGAGUCUAUCAAGAAGAGGGCCUGCCGGUACCUCCUGCAGAGGUACCUGGGCCACUUUCUGCAGGAAAAGCUGAGCCUGGAGCAGCUCAGCCUGGACCUGUACCAAGGCACCGGGUCCCUCGCCCAGGUCCCGUUGGACAAAUGGUGUCUCAAUGAGAUCUUGGAGUCAGCAGAUGCACCCUUAGAAGUCACUGAAGGAUUCAUUCAGUCAAUUUCCCUGUCAGUUCCAUGGGGCUCUUUACUGCAGGAUAAUUGUGCACUGGAAGUGAGAGGAUUAGAAAUGGUCUUCCGGCCUAGACCUCGCCCAGCAACUGGUUCUGAGCCUAUGUAUUGGUCAAGUUUUAUGACCAGCAGUAUGCAAUUGGCAAAAGAAUGUCUUAGCCAGAAACUAACAGAUGAACAAGGAGAAGGAUCCCAGCCUUUUGAAGGACUUGAAAAGUUUGCUGAAACCAUUGAAACAGUACUAAGAAGAGUAAAAGUCACUUUUAUAGAUACUGUUUUGAGAAUUGAACAUGUGCCAGAAAAUUCCAAAACUGGAACUGCACUUGAAAUUCGAAUAGAAAGAACUGUAUACUGUGAUGAAACUGCUGACGAAUCCUCAGGAAUUAAUGUGCAUCAACCCACUGCUUUUGCUCACAAGUUACUUCAGCUCUCUGGAGUGUCUCUCUUCUGGGAUGAGUUUUCUGCAUCAGCCAAAUCUUCCCCAGUGUGUUCAACUGCACCAGUGGAAACUGAGCCAAAGCUGUCACCUAGCUGGAACCCCAAAAUUGUUUAUGAGCCACACCCACAGCUAACUAGAAAUUUACCAGAGAUAGCACCUUCUGACCCAGUGCAGAUUGGAGGGUUAAUUGGUAGGUUGGAGUUGAGUCUCACGUUGAAACAGAAUGAAGUGCUUCCUGGAGCUAAGUUGGAUGUUGAUGGACAGAUAGACUCUAUUCAUCUACUCCUGUCACCGAGACAGGUGCACUUGCUUUUGGAUAUGUUGGCAGCUGUUGCUGGACCAGAAAAUUCUAGCAAAAUAGGGUUAGCUAAUAAAGAUAGGAAAAAUCGACCCAUGCAGCAGGAAGACGAGUAUCGAAUUCAGAUGGAAUUAAACCGGUAUUAUUUGAGAAAAGAUUCCCUCUCUGUGGGUGUAUCUUCAGAGCAAAGCUUUUAUGAGACAGAAACAGCUCGUACACCUUCUAGCCGUGAAGAAGAAGUAUUCUUCUCCAUGGCUGAUAUGGACAUGUCUCAUAGUCUCUCUUCUCUUCCACCCCUUGGGGACCCCCCAAACAUGGACCUUGAGUUAUCAUUAACUAGUACAUAUACAAAUACCCCAGCAGGAUCUCCAUUAAGUGCUACUGUGCUUCAGCCCACUUGGGGAGAGUUCCUUGAUCAUCAUAAAGAACAGCCAGUAAGAGGGUCAACAUUUCCAUCCAACCUAGUUCACCCAACAUCUUUACAGAAGACAUCUCUCCCAUCUAGAUCUGUUUCAGUGGAUGAAUCAAGGCCUGAACUUAUUUUUAGACUAGCUGUGGGAACUUUUUCAAUCUCUGUGCUUCACAUUGAUCCUUUAUCUCCACCUGAAACGUCACAGAACCUUAAUCCAUUGACACCUAUGGCAGUAGCUUUCUUUACUUGUAUAGAAAAGAUUGAUCCAGCAAGAUUUUCAACAGAAGAUUUCAAGUCUUUCCGAGCAGUGUUUGCAGAAGCUUGCUCACAUGAUCACCUUAGAUUUAUAGGUACUGGCAUUAAAGUAUCCUAUGAACAAAGACAAAGAUCAGCUUCCCGAUAUUUUAGUACUGAUAUGUCCAUUGGGCAAAUGGAAUUUUUGGAGUGCCUAUUUCCAACUGAUUUUCAUUCUGUUCCUCCUCACUAUACAGAGCUUUUAACAUUCCAUUCCAAAGAAGAAACUGGUUCCCAUUCCCCUGUGUGUCUUCAGCUUCAUUAUAAGCAUUCUGAGAAUAGAGGGCCCCAGGGUAAUCAAGCAAGACUUAGUUCAGUUCCUCAGAAGGCAGAAUUGCAAAUUAAAUUAAAUCCAGUGUGUUGUGAGCUGGAUAUCAGUAUUGUAGACAGGUUAAAUUCCUUGCUUCAACCACAGAAACUUGCCACAGUAGAGAUGAUGGCAUCCCACAUGUAUACUUCAUAUAAUAAACAUAUUAGUCUGCACAAGGCUUUCACUGAAGUGUUUCUAGAUGAUUCACAUAGUCCUGCAAAUUGUCGGAUAUCGGUACAAGUUGCCACACCAGCAUUAAACCUUUCUGUUCGCUUCCCAAUACCUGAUCUUCGAUCCGAUCAAGAAAGAGGACCAUGGUUUAAGAAGUCACUUCAGAAGGAGAUCCUUUAUUUAGCCUUCGCAGAUCUAGAAUUUAAGACUGAAUUUAUAGGAGGAUCAACCCCAGAACAAAUUGAAUUGGAACUUACCUUUAGAGAACUAAUUGGAUCGUUCCAGGAAGAGAAAGGAAAUCCAUCUAUUAAGUUUUUCCAUGUGUCUAGUGGAGUAGAUGGAGAUACAACAUCGUCAGAUGACUUUGACUGGCCACGAAUUGUUCUGAAAAUAAAUCCACCAGCCAUGCAUUCCAUUUUGGAGAGAAUUGCAGCUGAAGAAGAAGAGGAGAAUGAUGGUCACUACCAGGAGGAAGAGGAAGGAGGUGCUCAUUCCUUGAAAGAUGUUUGUGAUCUAAGAAGACCAGCCCCAUCUCCUUUUUCUUCUCGUAGAGUAAUGUUUGAAAAUGAACAGAUGGUGAUGCCAGGAGACCCUGUAGAAAUGACAGAAUUUCAGGAUAAAGCAAUCAGCAAUUCUCACUAUGUGCUGGAACUUACGUUACGAAACAUUUAUGUAACACUACCUAAUAAGAGCUUUUAUGAGAGGCUUUAUAAUAGGAUCUUUAAUGACUUGCUACUGUGGGAACCAACAGCUCCUUCACCAGUGGAGACAUUCGAGAAUAUUUCCUAUGGCAUUGGGCUUUCAGUAGCCAGUCAGCUCAUUAAUACUUUCAACAAAGAUAGUUUUAGUGCAUUUAAAUCUGCAGUUCACUAUGAUGAGGAAAGUGGAUCUGAGGAGGAAACUUUGCAGUAUUUUUCCACUGUUGAUCCCAACUAUCGUUCUCGCAGGAAAAAAAAAUUAGACUCUCAGAACAAGAACUCUCAGAGUUUUCUCUCAGUUCUUCUGAAUAUUAAUCAUGGAUUAAUAGCAGUGUUCACAGAUGUGAAGCAAGAUAAUGGAGAUCUGUUGGAAAACAAGCAUGGUGAAUUCUGGUUAGAGUUCAAUAGUGGUUCGUUAUUUUGCGUGACAAAAUAUGAAGGUUUUGAUGACAAGCACUACGUUUGCCUUCAUUCUAGCAGUUUCAGUCUGUACCAUAAAGGCAUAGUGGAUGGAGUGAUUCCCCCGACAGAAACACGACUUCCCAGCUCAACCCGCCCACACUGGUUGGAACCUACUAUUUAUUCCUCUGAAGAAGAUGGCCUCAGUAAAACUUCUUCAGAUGGAGUUGGAGGAGACAGUUUGAAUAUGCUGUCUGUUGCCGUUAAAAUAUUGUCUGAUAAAUCAGAGUCCAAUACAAAGGAAUUUCUCAUUGCCAUAGGACUGAAAGGAGCCACUCUCCAGCAUAGAAUGCUUCCUUCUGGGCUUAGCUGGCAUGAGCAGAUUUUAUACUUCUUGAAUAUUGCUGAUGAACCUGUUUUGGGAUAUAAUCCUCCAACUUCAUUUACAACUUUUCAUGUUCAUCUUUGGAGCUGUGCACUUGAUUAUAGACCCCUUUAUUUGCCAAUCCGAUCUCUUCUUACUGUGGAAACAUUCAGUGUUUCCAGUAGCGUUGCAUUGGAUAAAUCUUCCUCUACUCUCAGAAUAAUCUUGGAUGAAGCUGCUUUACAUCUAUCUGACAAAUGCAAUACUGUCACUAUAAAUCUGAAUAGAGAUUAUGUUCGUGUGAUGGAUAUGGGGCUUUUGGAGUUAACCAUAACUGCAGUGAAGUCUGAUUCUGAUGGAGAGCAAACUGAGCCCCGCUUUGAGUUACACUGUUCCAGCGAUGUUGUCCAUAUCAGAACGUGCUCAGACUCUUGUGCUGCGUUAAUGAAUCUCAUUCAGUACAUUGCAAGCUAUGGUGACUUGCAGACACCUAACAAGGCAGAUAUGAAGCCUGGAGCCUUUCAAAGAAGGUCUAAGGUAGAUUCCAGUGGUCGAUCAUCCUCACGUGGUCCAGUACUUCCUGAAGCAGAUCAACAAAUGUUACGAGAUCUGAUGAGUGAUGCUAUGGAGGAGAUCGACAUGCAACAAGCCACCUCGUCAGUAAAACCACAGGCUAAUGGUGUUUUGGAUGAAAAAUCUCAAAUUCAGGAGCCAUGUUGUUCAGACCUCUUCCUGUUUCCUGAUGAGAGUGGGAAUGUAUCCCAGGAGCCCGGCCCCACUUAUGCCUCAUUCUCUCACCAUUUCAUCAGUGAUGCAAUGACAGGUGUGCCCACUGAGAAUGAUGACUUUUGCAUUCUUUUUGCACCAAAAGCAGCCAUGCAGGAGAAGGAAGAAGAACCAGUUAUAAAAAUCAUGGUUGAUGACGCAAUUGUGAUAAGAGACAAUUAUUUCAGUCUGCCUGUUAAGAAGACCGAUACGAGCAAAGCCCCCUUACACUUUCCCAUUCCUGUGAUCCGCUAUGUGGUGAAGGAGGUCUCUCUUGUCUGGCAUCUUUAUGGAGGAAAGGAUUUUGGAACAGUCCCUCCCACUUCUCCAGCUAAAAGUUAUAUUAGUCCCCACAGUUCGCCUUCUCACACACCCACAAGACAUGGACGUAAUACAGUAUGUGGGGGAAAAGGAAGGAACCAUGACUUUUUAAUGGAAAUACAGCUAAGCAAGGUGAAGUUUCAGCAUGAAGUCUACCCCCCAUGCAAACCUGAUUGUGAUUCCAGCCUCUCAGAACACCCAGUCUCCCGGCAGGUGUUCAUUGUUCAGGAUCUUGAGAUUCGCGAUCGUUUGGCAACAUCACAAAUGAAUAAAUUUUUAUACCUGUAUUGCAGUAAAGAAAUGCCUCGAAAAGCUCACUCCAACAUGUUGACAGUGAAAGCCUUACACGUGUGUCCAGAAUCUGGCAGGUCCCCACAGGAGUGCUGCUUGAGAGUGUCGCUGAUGCCGCUCCGCCUCAAUAUUGACCAGGAUGCCUUGUUCUUCCUGAAGGAUUUCUUCACAAGUCUUUCUGCAGAAGUAGAGCUUCAAAUGACUCCAGAUCCAGAAGUUAAAAAGUCUCCUGGAGCUGAUGUCACCUGCAGUUUGCCAAGGCAUUUGAGUACCUCAAAGGAGCCAAAUCUAGUUAUUUCUUUCUCUGGGCCAAAACAGCCUUCCCAAAAUGAUAGUGCCAAUUCAGUGGAAGUGGUUAAUGGCAUGGAAGAGAAGAACUUCUCUGCUGAAGAAGCAUCUUUUAGGGAUCAGCCUGUGUUUUUUAGAGAAUUUAGAUUCACGUCAGAAGUUCCCAUUCGACUUGAUUAUCAUGGCAAACAUGUAUCAAUGGAUCAGGGUACGCUAGCUGGGAUUUUGAUUGGUCUGGCUCAGUUAAACUGCUCUGAACUAAAGCUCAAGAGGCUUUCCUAUCGACAUGGUUUACUAGGUGUUGACAAAUUAUUCUCAUAUGCAAUCACUGAGUGGCUUAAUGACAUUAAGAAGAACCAGCUACCAGGAAUCCUGGGAGGUGUUGGACCUAUGCAUUCACUAGUACAAUUAGUACAAGGCCUAAAGGACUUGGUCUGGCUCCCAAUAGAGCAGUACCGGAAGGAUGGCCGCAUUGUCAGAGGGUUUCAGAGAGGCGCUGCUUCCUUUGGUACCUCGACAGCGAUGGCUGCUCUAGAACUCACAAACAGAAUGGUUCAAACCAUACAGGCAGCUGCAGAGACUGCUUAUGAUAUGGUGUCUCCUGGUACCCUUUCUAUCGAGCCCAAGAAGACCAAAAGGUUUCCUCAUUACCGGUUAGCCCACCAGCCAGUAGACCUGAGGGAAGGUGUGGCCAAGGCUUACAGUGUUGUGAAAGAGGAUUUCAUGAAAGAUAUUUUUCUCAGUCAUAUUCUAACAACAGUCAGACGUGCCUAGGACGGUCUUUUACUUGAGAAAAGUAGCCUCUGUGGUCCCAAACGGCAGGAAGUCCACGAAGGUAGGGCCCCGAGAAAUGUAUUAGUGGAGAAAUAAAGGUAAGACCAAUGGUCAGCUUUGAAAAAAAGAUUUACUGGGGAGAAUAAAGAGAUAAUUACGAGUCAGACUUGCUCCUACAGAUGUCAGGAUUGAGCCAGCUAUCAACAGGCUAAAAUUAGAUCUGUUAAACAGACACUGGGGUUAGUAAGGGCAGUGGGAAGUAAGAUGUAAUAGCAGUUUGAUUUAACAACUUGUGAAAUGGUUGCCUAAUUUAAUCUAUAGUAAUUUUAAAAUAAAUGUGUGCUUACUUUGUGCCAAAUGUAUGGUAAUCGCCAUUAGAGAUAGGCGACAUUUCUAAUUUACAGAUGAGGAAAUGGGUUCUGCCAGACAGUGGCCUCCCCCAAGUACCACAGAGAAAAGGGAUUGGAGCCAGGAUUGGAACUGAGUAUUUGGGUUUAAAGUUUAGUUCUCUUUCUCUAAGCUGUCACUAGGAAGAAUGAAGGAAGGGAGGGUGAGAUUAGUAAGUGUGGAUUGAGAUGGUAGGAUGUGCUUGUUUGGACUUACUCUGGAUUCUCUAUUAAAGUUAAAAAAAAAAAAGUUCCUAAGUGGUGCUUGGUAUUUCUUUUCCAUUUUAGAUGUCAGUAAGUCAAAGAUGAAGAGAAAAUGCCUUGUGUGUGUCAUAGACAGGCUCAUCUUUUAGAUCAGAGGUUGGCAGACUAGGCUGCAGGCUAGACCUGGCCAUGCCUCUUUUGUAUGGGCCUUUGAGCUAAUAAUAAUGCUAUUUACAAUUUUAAAGGAUUGUAAAACAAAACAAAACAAAAAAUAAAUAACAGAGACCAUGGCCCACAAAUACCUUCUAUGUGGCCCUUACAGAAAAAGUAUGUCAACCCCUACUUACAUAGUUCUAUUUGGUGGUAGUCAGGCACUUAUGAGGGUGGCAGUAGGAAUUAUUUAUUGAACACUUAACUGUCUUCCAAACUGUGUCAAGCUCUUGAGAUGAAUUAUUUAAUUCUAACAAUCACCAUAGGAGGAAGGCAGCAUUUUAAUUCCCUGUUUAAAUGACUUUAAGGUCACACAGCUAAAUAAUAGGGCUGAGAUUGGAAUUUACUUCUGUUGUCUGCAAACGUAGUGGUGGUCAGCCUUGUACUCUACUCAUCUACUCCUGUUUAUCGCGGGUGGGAUAGGGAGGAGAGCUGGUGGAGAAGGGAGGGAGAUGGUGCAGGGAAAUGUACAAGUUGUAAACAUUUUCUUUGUUGUGCUUGUGGUUUCUCUUAUUGGCUGUUAUCCUGUAGAUAGUUUUUAAAGUAGUACUUAUUAUUUCUUUGAGUUUUUCUGGACACUUUUUUUUUUUUUUUUUUUGAGAUGGAGUCUUGCUCUGUUGCCCAGGCUGGAGUGCAGUGGCAUGAUCUCGGCUCUCUGCAAGCUCUCCCUCCUGGGUUCACGCCAUUCUCCUGCCUCAGCCUCCCAAGUAGCUGGGACUACAGGCGCCUGCCACCACGCCCGGCUAGUUUUGUGUAUUUUUAGUAGAGAUGGGGUUUCACCGUGUUAGCCAGGAUGGUCUCGAUCUCCUGACCUCGUGAUCCGCCUGCCUCGGCCUCCUAAAGUGCUGAGAUUACAGGCGUGAGCCACCGCAUCCAGCCUUCUGGAUAUCUUUUUUUUUUUGCUCUGUGGUAUUACAUGUUUUUGCCAGACAUACUGGGUAGAUAGGACGCUCUUGUUAACUUGCCGAAAUGAUGGCUAGAUUCUGGGUUAGGACAAGGUCCUUGAUUUCCCUGGAGAACUCAAAGUUCCUUUAUGCUGUCCCCAUCACUGAAGCUGUCACAAUAAUAUAAUAAUAAUAAUGGAAUGCUGCUUUGAGUUCCCUAGGGAUUUCUGAGUUAGAUAAAUGGUAAAGAUUCGGAAGUCAUGUGAAGUUUUACCACAUUGGUUUGACCUACAUGUUUGUAUAUUCAGCUUCAAAGCUUAGAAGUCAUUACUAGGAUAGAGACUGAAUAAACAAAAAAGAAAGCUUAGCAAUCAUCAUUAUUUUAUUAUGUUGUGAGAAAGAUGGAAAAUGCUACUAAAGUUUUUUGAGAAUUAUUAAACAUGUUCCUGCUUUUUGUUCUCAGAAUUCUCUAAUCCAAUAAAAUGUUCUAUUUAGCUUUUUAUCUUAAUUGAAUUUUCCAUUUUUUUUCCUAAUACAUAGCCAGUAAUUUAAAACAAAUUAAGUAAUUUCCCAGAGCUUAGUAGAAUUAGGUUGAAUCAAAGGGAACUAUCACCAUAUUUCUUUAGUGAAUAUAUUCAAGAAGCUUUGUUUGCCAAGUUUGAUUUAACUGGAGUGAUUAAUAGUAACAGCAAAGCCCGUAUUUCUGUCUUCCCAAUGCGAAAUUUUAGUUUACCUACAUUUUCCACACACUAGUGUCACAACAAAAUACUAAGUCAUAAUUGCCUCUUUCCCUUACAGUUAGAAUUCUGUCAUUAAAAAUAAUAAUCCUGGGUUAUCUAAAAGCAUGGCAUUUUUUUUUGUCUGGUUACAAACAUAAUGUUACCUGCUUUAAAAGUGUGUACUGCAGGAUAGCUUAGAGAGUUUUCCAGCCAGAGUUUGUUCACUGCCCUCCUCUCUCCUACCUCCCGCCUCUAUGCAGGGAAUCACAGACACGGCUCAGACCAUUUAUGAAACUGCGGCUCGAGAACACGAGAGCAGAGGGGUGACUGGUGCCGUGGGCGAGGUUCUGCGCCAGAUUCCUCCGGCAGUGGUGAAACCUCUGAUUGUUGCCACAGAAGCAACGUCAAACGUGCUGGGUGGCAUGAGAAACCAAAUUAGGCCAGAUGUCCGGCAAGACGAGUCACAGAAAUGGCGCCAUGGGGAUGACUGAUGGCUUGGAACUGACAGCGUGAAGAUAAGGAGAGUGGAACCAGGAGCUCAGAGUCCCGACAGCAGCUUCAGAGGAAGCUCGUUUAAUUUUAUUGUGCUCAUCUCAGGAACAAAAGCAUUUUUUAGUUAAAUAAUUUAACAUCAAAACAACAUGCAACCAAAAACUUCUGACAUUUAUAGUUGAUACUUGCCUAUAGAAAUGUUUGGUGGCUGGUGUCAAAGGUCCUUAAAGCAUUUGCUGCCAAGUUAGUGGAAGGCUCACUUUUGUUAAGAUGACUGUAAUUCUCCUUGUUACCAACGAGAGAUCAUUGGAAGCUGCCUUCUAACACUCUUUGUGUAGCUCUGUGGAGUUGAAUUUUCUUAAGGUUUAAAAAGAAUCACAGCUUCAGAACUUUAAUUGAAAAUGAGAGACAGAAGCCACAGGGGAAGCAAAGCAAAUAGGAUUUUCAAUAUAAAUAUCAGUGUGGAAAAAUAACCUAUUCUGUUGAAUUUAGUGUUCAUGCACUUGAGAACAACAUUAUUUCCAUUUACUCCGAAAAUCCUUUUGUGGGGGUUUGAGAAAGUGAAUGUUGCAGACAUGUUCUGUUGUGUUGCACUUUAUCCUGUGUUUGUGUGUAUGUGUUUUUAGAUUAAUUCAAGUUGUGUGCUAUAUUUCUUGUAUAAUUUACAAAGUUACACAAAACAUAAAGAGCAGUAAACUUGUCUGAAAGUUUUUGGCAAAGGAAGGUAACUUCAAUGUAAUAGCUUCCUUUAAGAGUACAGGAAAAUGCAUUCUAUAAUGAAGUGGGGCCCAUGUAAUUGUUUAUAUUUUCAGUUUUAAGCAGGUAUAGUGCAGGCUUGUUAGGAAUGUGUGGAAGGGAAGAUUGGAAGUGAUUUUUCCUCUUUUAAAAGUAAACAAAAUUCUUCAAAUAUGCCCUAGUUAACUAUUUCAGCAUACCAUUUUUACUUGGUUAACAGUGUACAUUGUGAUAACCUAUCAGGAAUGAAUAAAGUAUUUUUAUUUAAAGGUGAUAUUGUUUUAUGCUUCCAUGAAUAUUUUGCUUUUCUUAGAGCUUAUUCAUAGAUGCAGUACUGUGAUUUACCACAAGAUAAUUGGAAACACUCUCAAAACUGAUUUUGGUUAAUAUGAGGUAGAUCAUUACCUAGGAGUAAGAGGGAAAUUGUUGUCAAUUCCUAACUUUAGAUUGAUCCAGCAGAAAGAAAAGGUGGAACUUUGUAUAUAUCCACUGUUGAAAGUUGCAUGACCUGACUUCCUGUUUUCUAAAGUUGGGGGAAUAUUAUUGAACUUCGAUUUCAGAACUGCAUUUCAAUUUGGGACUUGGAAAAUGAAGUUAAAUCAAUUUCGUUCUCUAAAUUUUCUAAGCAGGAAAGCAAUGUAAACCAAAAAUCAAAAUUGUUUAGAAUUUAUAAAAAUGGGGUUAUAUAGCUUUUAAUUUUAGUUUCCUUUUUACUGCCAAAACACUUAAAAAGACAACAGCGUAACCACCUGUUUAAGCACCGUGGGACCAUCUCUUAUUCGGGUAGAGCCUGGUCCUGGCGACACACUAGCAGGAAGGCGUGCUGUGUUACCGGGAAGGCGCCUCUGGCUGUGGGGUGCGUUCUGACCACCCCACUCAGAUGCCAGCAUUUUCCAUUUGCCCUUAAGGAAACUUGCUAUGUGUGUUAAGCCAGUUAUGAUUAGUCAAACUGGAAAACACUUGAUCAAACUUAAAAUUGUAAAAUCUGUCUAACUUUUAAAUAUACUUUCCACAGUUAUACUUAAGUUCAGUUAACUACAGUAUAGAGAAAAAUAAUUAUUCUCUUCUUUGCACCCUGAGUUACAAACAAAUUAAGUUUACAAAUCUCAUUUAAACAUAUAUCUUUGUAAUGUAAUCUCCGUGGUUCUUUCUUUCUUCUACCCUCUUGCACCUGCUGUUGAUGUAAUCAUUUUGGGAACAGAAACGUUCUGUCUCAAAAAGAUUCAUUGUCAGUUCAGCCAAGAUGUUCUUUACCUGAGAUUCUGGAAAGAUGUUUAUCUAUAUCUGAACACUUCUACAUUAUUAAAUGUCCUUAAGCUUUUUCUUUUUUACAAGUGUCUUUUCAAACUUUUGUGUUGUGAUGACACAGUAGAAAGAGUGUGGCUAGAAUCCGUGGUUUGCCACAUCUGCAGUUUACCAAACAGAUGACUUGUCCAGGACAUCUGAUCCCUGUAAGCCUCAGCAUCCCUCCUGGUAAAUGGAGGGUUUUUUUAUGACAAAGCCCAAGGGGGAGUUUUGGAUGAUUAGGCUGUGUGUGCGUGUGAGAAUGAUCGCAUGUGGCGUCAUGCUUUGUACAGAGCCUCAGACCACUGGGCCUUGUCCAGUGAGAGUCCUCUCUGGUGACAUCACACACGGAGCAGCCAGGGGCCACCUUAGAUCUCAGAUCUCUCAGAGCAAUACUUUUCUGAACUGCCACUGUGCCUGCGUGGUUGGGUUUGGUGUCAUGCUUCUGACUAGAGUAGAUCACGCAUGUCCACCAGUGAUACGUUGAGUCCUUACAGUUCCCCCCAUGGAGUCCCAUAAGCAGCUCCAUCAAGAUCUGUCAGCAAGUUGCAGGACCCCACAAUGUUCUGACAUGUUAAGACCCCCUGACAUGACGAGUAGAGAGGCAGCUGAGGCCACAGCCGUGUCUUCCUCUUGAGUGGAGCUAACUUGGAACCCCCCAUUUUCCCUUCCUUUUUGCCCACCACUGAACAUUGCCUUUUAGAUAACUCAGUGUUUCUUCUAGACAUCAUAGCAAUAGACUUUCACUUUCAUGAAGUUUGGGUACGAUUUGGAUUCUCACUUAAGUACAUAUAUUUAUCAAUAUUUUUAUAAGGCAAAGUUCACUUAAAAAAUCUUUCCAAGUAGCAGUGUGCCUAAGAUGGCAAAAUACUAAAAACUGGUGUUUCCUGCUCCUGUUAUGUGUCACUUUUCAAGCCGAUUGAAAUAUUUCUGGCUUUUUAGGGCAUUACUUUUUAACUAUCUCCUUUAAAAACAAUGUUCUGUAGGUUUAGUGUCUUUGUUCAGUUCCAAAAGAGUCCAGACAACUGUGUCUGCCCCUGCAGAGGCUGUUUGUCCAAAGGCAGCGUGUGCCGCUUCAACCGGAACGCAGACAGCAGGGGAGCCGAAUUCUAAAGCAGCGACUUAAAAUGAGGAAUCCCCAGUUGUACUAAAUGGUUUCAGGAUUGACUAAUCAUUGUCUUAACUCAGAUUUUUGAUGUGUAAAGAGCUGUGUGACUUGGCGUCUGAGAGAUCCCUCUGCUUUGUUUUGCUUCAGAGUCCUCGCACCCGCAUCCUCAGAACUGUGGGGCGUGGUGGGCUCUGACGAGCACUCCCCUUCUGUUUUCCUUCAUUACUUUUGACCUACUUAAAACUUCAGAGAGAAUGUCCGUCAAGUUCUUUUCUCCAUCAAGUUCUUUAAGUUCCUUGAAAGGAAGGGACUGUGCAAACACAAAGCGAUAUUCUUUUGUAUCUGCAAAUGCGUCAGCUGGACAUACCAAUUGGUAUCAAAUAGAAUAAAAUCAAAUAUAAAUUGAGUCUUAGGUUAAAAAGGAAAGUUAUUUGUAUAGUUUAUAGAUAAUGAAGGAAAAAGAUUUUCAUUGCAGGAAAUCUUGUUUACUGGAAGAUAGAGUCACUCUUUUCAUAUAAGACAAAUAGUGCUUUAAUGCCAACUUAUUUUUAUCUCAACAUUUUCAGGAUCAUGCUAGGCACACUGCCCCCUUGAAUAGACAUUAUAUGCACAGUUGCAAGUCAGCCAAUGUUUUUAUUCAGAAGUAUUUUCCCCCCAUUAUAGUGCCUGCAUAUCAGAGAUACAAAAAGCAUCCAACACACUACUGUAAUAGGCUUCUUUGGGGAUGAGAAAUUUGAGUCUCAACAACUCAGAGUUUGAGAUGUCAGCUUUUUUGGUAAACAUAGGUGUUAGAGGUAUAUUUUGCUUUCCUACAACAAUUGUUGGGCCCUUGCUUUCAAGCAUGUUGCUUCAUAGGAAGCACCAGAGUGCCAUCUGCUGUAUUUCAAGGGAUUGUAAAUGUCAUCUCAGCUGGCUCAGUUGUAUCUCUAAUGUCCCGGGUAGCAGCACCUCCCUCUAAAAAUAUGUUUACUUUGCUGUUUCACUUGUAUUUUGUGUAUAUGAAAUGGCAGCUUCCGAUUUCUAGUUGGAUUUGUCUUGCAUUGUUUGUAUAACUUGCUGGUCACCCAGGGCUAUUUGCUUUUUCAUGGAGAAAUUUGAUAGGGGUGUCUAGUUCAGCUUUUAUGUUGAUCCAUCCUGACUUGUUUUAGACAUUGAAUUUAUCUCACCACAAGUAAAAGAACAUAUGUGUAUUGACUGUCUUUGCUAAGUUUCCUAAUUUUUCCUAAUUAUGGCAAUUAUGGAUGUGAAUAAGAAUACUGAUGCUGUACAAGUAUUUUUGUGGAAAUGUACCUUGUUAAUGUGACUAUUUAAAUAAUAUGAAAAUAAGAAUACUCUUGAAGAAAAAAUUAAAAUAUUUACUCUUUGGA